UCUCCUCUGUUGGGGUGGCAGAACCCUGGGAAGCCUCCAGCACCACAACCACCACGAGCGCCUGGCCCUCCUUCCCGUUUGUCUUCCUGCGGUUCACCAGCCCUGCAGCCCCUUCCCCUUGCGGAGCAGGCACCAGGACCAACAUAAAGCCUGCUAUGGCCUUCCUGUUCUGGCUUCUCCAGCUGGUGUUAGCCACCUCAACAGGCCUGUCCUCAUGGAGCGUCUCCAGUCCCCAGGAUGUGAAGGGCGUGGAGGGGUCCUGCCUCAUCAUCCCCUGUGUCUUCAGCUUCCCAGCUGACGUGGAAGUGACUCACGGCAUCACAGCCAUCUGGUACUACGACUACUCAGGCAAGCGGCUGGUGGUAAGCCACACGGAGAACCCGGAGCUGGUGGACGCACACUUUCGUGGCCGUGCCCAGUUCUUGGGGCACAGAGAGCACAAGAUGUGCAGCUUGCUGCUGAAGGAACUGCAGCCUGAGGAUUCGGGCUCCUACAACUUCCGUUUUGAGAUUAGUGAAGGCAAUCGCUGGUCAGAUGUCAAAGGCACUCUGGUCACAGUGACAGAGACGCCCAAGACUCCCACCAUUGCCCCGCUGGCGGACCUUCGUGAGGGCAUGGAGGCCUCCUUCAACUGCUCCACUCCCUAUGCGUGCCCAGAAGAGCACAUCAGCCUGCAGUGGCAAGGCCAGGACCUGAAGCGCUCGGUCACCUCCAGCUUCCAGGAUCUCAGGCCCACAGGCAUCAGCCACCUGGGGAUCCUCCAUAUGGCCCUGUCCUGGCAGGACCACGGCCGGACCCUGCACUGUGAACUCUCAGUGGCCAAGCAAAAGACUCAGAGCGAGAUUCUCCUCCAAGUGCAGUAUGCCCCCAGGGGAGUGGAGAUCCUUUUUAGCCCCUCAGGGCGGAACAUCCUUCCAGGUGAUCUGGUCGUACUCACCUGCCAGGUGAACAGCAGCUACCCCGAGGUCAGUUCUGUGCACUGGGUCAAGGACGGGACACAGCUCCAAGUCCAGGGUCGUAUGCUGAGGUUGUCCCAGGCAACCUGGGGCGAUGCCGGUGUCUACACCUGCCGAGCUGAGAAUGGCGUGGGCUCUUCGGUCUCACCCCCCAUCAGCCUCCACAUCUUCACGGCUGAGGUCCAGGUGAGCCCAACAGGUCCCAUCCUAGAGAACCAGACGGUGACACUGACCUGCAACACACCCAAAGAAGCGCCCAGUGAGCUGACCUACAAUUGGUACAAGAACCACGUCUUGCUGGAGGAUGCCCACAGCCACACCCUGCAGCUGCACUCGGCCACCAGGGCCGAUACCGGCUUCUACGUCUGCGAGUUGCGGAACGCCUACGGCAGAGAGCGCUCCGGCCCCGUCAGCGUGGUGGUCAGCCGUAAGUGGCCAGGGCAGGGGGCGCUGGAUGCUGCCGGAGCCUGGUCAGAAGGUGGGGCCCCACAGGAGGGUUCGGGGCCUGGCCUCAAACGCACCACGGGCGCCAUGUCCAAGCUCUAUGCCCCACGCCUGCCCAUGUUCACUGCCCAGUUGGAGCCCGAUGCUGCCGGAGAUGGGGUUAGACGUCAAGGGCUCCUCUUGUGCCGCGUGGACAGCAACCCCCCAGCCCAGCUGCGGCUGCUCCACGGGGACCAUGUUGUGGCCUCUUCCCUGCCACUGGGCUGUGGGGGCUGCUCCCGGCGCCUAAGGGUCACCAGAGCCCCCAACCUGCUGCGUGUGGAGAUUGGUGACCCGGUGCUGGAGGAUGAGGGUGUGUACCUGUGUGAGGCCAGCAAUGCCCUGGGCAACGCCUCCGCCUCUGCAACCUUUGAUGCCCAGGCCACCGUCCUGGUCAUCACCCCGUCGCACACGCUGCAGGAGGGCACCGGGGCCAACCUGACUUGCAGUGUGAGCCGGGGAGCCCGCGGCCCUGCCAACUUCUCCUGGUUCCGGAAUGGGGCGCUGUGGGCCCAGGGCCCCCUGGAGACCGUGACGCUGCUGCCCGUGGCCAGAUCGGAUGCUGCCCUCUAUGCCUGCCGCAUCCUCGCCGAGGCCGGGGCCCAGCUCUCCGCCCCGGUGGUCCUGAGUGUGCUCUAUCCCCCAGACCCUCCAAAGCUGUCAGCCCUCCUGGACGUGGGCCAGGGCCACGUGGCUGUGUUCAUCUGCACUGUGGACAGUCGGCCCGUGGCCCGGCUGGCCCUGUUCCACGGGGAGCGCCUCCUGGCCACCAGCCUGGGGCCCCUGCUCCCAUUCCAUGGCCGCCUCCAGGUCAAAGCCACAGCCAACUCCCUGCAGCUAGAGGUCCGAGACUUGAGCCUUGGGGACUCUGGAAGCUACUGCUGUGAGGCCACCAAUGUCCUCGGAUCCACCAAUACCUCCCUCUUCUUUCAGGUCCGAGGAGCCUGGGUCCAGGUGUCACCAUCACCGGAGCUCCAGGAGGGCCAGGCCGUGGUCUUGAGCUGCCAGGUGCCCACAGGGGUCCUGGAGGGGACCUCAUACCUCUGGUAUCAGGAUGGCCAGCCCCUCCCGGAGUCAAACUCGGCCACGCUCCGCUUCGCAGCCAUUACUCUGAGCCAAGCUGGGGCCUACCAUUGCCAGGCCCAGGCUCCAGGCUCAGCCACCAUGAGCCUGGCCGCCCCUGUCAGCCUCCACGUGUCCUAUGCCCCUCGCCAGGCCACGCUCACCACCCUGAUGGACACAGGCCCUGGGCGACUGGGUCUCCUCCUGUGCCGUGUGAACAGUGACCCUCCAGCCCACCUACGACUGCUCCACGGGGACCACCUCGUGGCCUCCACCCUACAAGGUGCAGGGGAGCUGGCAAGCAGCUCUCCCCGGCUGCAGGUGGCUGUGGCCCCCAGCAGGCUACGCCUGGAGAUCCAUGGUGCAGUGCUGGAGGAUGAGGGCGUCUACACCUGCCAGGCCAACAACACCUUGGGCCAGGCCUCAGCCUCUGCCACCUUCGAUGCCCAGGCUGUGAGCGUGCAGGUGUGGCCCAGGGCUGUCGUGCAGGAGGGGCAGUUGGUGAACUUGACCUGCCUCGUGUGGACCGCCAACCUGACCCAGCUCACCUACACGUGGUACCGGGAUGGGCAGCAACGCCCAGGUGCCCACUCCAUCCUUCUGCCCAAUGUCACAGUCACAGAUGCUGCCUCCUACCGCUGUGGGGUGGUGACUCCGGGCCAGGCACCCCACCUCUCCAGACCUGUCACUCUGGAUGUCCUCUACGCACCCCGCAGCCUGCGCCUGACCUACCUCCUAGAGAGCCGCGGCGGACGGCUGGCCCAGGUACUGUGCACCGUGGACAGCCGCCCGCCCGCCCAGCUGGCCCUCAGCCGCGCUGGCCGCCUCCUGGCCUCCUCGACCACAGCCUCUGUCCCCAAUGCCCUGCGCCUGGAGUUGUGGGAGCCCGGGCCCAGCGACGAGGGUCUCUACAGCUGCUCCGCCCACAGUCCUCUGGGCCAGGCCAAUGCCUCCGUGGAGCUGCGGCUAGAGGGCGUGCAGGUGACCCUGGCUCCAUCCGCCGCUGUGCCCGAGGGGACCCCCGUCACAGUGACCUGUGAAGACCCUGCUGCCCGCCCACCUGUGCUCUAUGCCUGGUACCACAAUGCCCAUUGGCUGCAGGAAGGGCCAGCCGCCGCCCUCUCGUUCCCGGCGGCCACACGGGCUCACGCGGGUGCCUACUCCUGCCAGGUCCAGGACGCCCAGGGCACCCGCAGCUCCCGGCCCACCGCCCUGCAAGUCCACUAUGCCCCUCGGGAUGUUGUCCUGUCAUCCUUUCGGGACUCCAGAGUCAGCUCCAUGGCCGUGGUGCAGUGUACUGUGGACAGCGAGCCACCCGCUGAGCUGGCCCUGUCCCGCGAUGGCAAGGUGCUGGUCACCAGCCCUGGGGUCCACGGCUUGGCAUCCGGGACAGGCCACGUCCAGGUGGCCCGCAAUGCCCUGCGGCUGCAGGUGCAAGACGUACCCUCAGGUGACAAGGACACCUACGUGUGCACGGCCCACAACUUCCUGGGCUCAGUCAGCACCACAGGGCAGCUGCAGGGAGAAGGCGUGCGUGUGGUGGCCGAGCCGGGGCUGGACGUGGCUGAGGGUGCACCGCUGAACCUGAGCUGUCGCCUCGCUGGUGGUCCCGGGCCCACGGGCAACUCCACCUUCGCUUGGUUCUGGAAUGGCCAGCGACUACACGUGGAGCCUGGGCCCACCCUUGUCUUUGCCCACGUGGCCCGCGCCCAAGCCGGGGCGUACCACUGCCAGGCUGAGCUCCCCAGUGGGGCCACCACUUCUGCUCCAGUCAUGCUCCGUGUGCUGUACCCUCCCAAGAUGCCCACCAUGACAGUCUUCGUGGAGCCUGAGGGUGGCAUCCAGGGCAUCCUGGACUGCCGAGUGGACAGCGAGCCCCUAGCCAGUCUGAGCCUCCACCUCGGCAGUAGGCUGGUGGCCUCUAGCCAGCCCCACAGGGCUCCUGCAGAACCACACAUCCGUGUCACGGCCACCGCCAAUGCCCUGAGGGUGGACAUGGAGGAGCUGAGGACCAGUGACCAGGGCGAAUACGUGUGCUUUGCCUCCAAUGCCCUGGGCUCUGCGUCUGCUUCUACCUACUUCGGAACCAGAGCCUUGCACCGCCUGAGUCUGUUCCAGAAGCUACUCUGGGUCCUGGGGCUGCUGGUGGGCCUCCUCUUCCUGUUGUUGGGCCUGGGGGCCUGGUAUGUCUGGAGGAGGCAUUUUUAUAAGCUGAGCAUGGGUGAGAAUUUGGUGGAGAUGACUUCUCCGAAGGAGAGCAUGCAGGAGGAGGAGGUCACCAGAAACGGUGAUGACUUGAGCCUCAUGAACAAGGCUGCGUUGAAUCCCGACUGCCUCUGUGGAAACAACUCUACAACAUCUGAUUUUCAAUGACCUGGUUCCAAACCUCUUGCCAAGAAAAAUGGGCGUUGAGAGUGGAGGUGAACCCUAAUUUGCCCAGGAGGGUGAUGACCCUGGGGCACUCUGAGGAGAAACGAGUCAUGGUCAUGUUGUCUACUUGUCUUUUCCUUUUCUCUGGAUCUGAUCUCUCCCUUUAUCUUCCAAUGGACUGCCCCUCACAUCUUUUUCCUCCAAGCCCACCCUGGACUUUUUGGAUGGGUUAGAAAAGAAGAGGAGCUUCCUAUAUCCUCACAGGCUGGCAAAAGCACUCUGUAGUAACUGGAAUAGAAGUUAGGCUGCUCUAACAAGAGACCAAAUACAGUAACUUCAACAUGAGGGAAUUUUAUUUUUCUCUCCCAUACUAAUCUGGGUAUGCUGUGGUAGUUUAAGGUGUCAGAAUUCUGGAUCCUUCUAUCUUAUUUUUCUCCAACCCUGAAAUGUUACCUUUGGUUGUGAGGUUCAUGGUGGCCCCACUGUGUUCACAUUCCCUCCAGCAAGAAGAGGAAGUUGAAGGCACACUCAUUCCCAUUGUGGACACAACCCAGAAGUUGCAGGUCAUUUCCACUCACUCCCCAUUGGCUAGAGUUGAGUCACGUGGCCACCUCAAGCUGCAAGGGGUUCUGAGAAAUACAGUUUUUAUUCUAUUUCCAAAGAAUUCCCAACCAUGGACUCAUCCCUGAGACUUCUGACAUUGGUGGGAAUGCUUCCAGCAAGCCAUAUUUUUAGUGCCCAUCUCCUGAAGGCCAGGACGUGUCCCUGGCCAUUCUGUUCAUGGGCUUCCCAGAGGAGGGAGUCUCUCCCACACAUUAAGACCGAGGAAAUCAAGAUGUUCUGGUGCUCCCUAGGAAGAGGGUAUGCCAGGCAAUGGGGUUGCCUGAACAGGCAUUUUAUCAGGCCCCUGGAAGAAGAGGGGCCCCCAUUCCUGUCCCCAGGGAGCGUGGAGAGCAUCCUUAUUUCUGCUCCAGGUACAGCCCUCUCCGUGAUCAAGUGGGCUCACUCGGUCUUGUGUGCCAGGGGCUGUUAAGUAGAAUGAGGGUCACAAAGAAGGAAUGACUUGCUCCCAUGACGUCAGUGCCUGAGAGGAGGCAGUUCUUGGGCGGGCUAGUGCCUCCCCUCACAGCCUGGUGGCAGAUGGAAGGAGGUGCAAAGAGCCUGCAUGGAAUUUGGGUUGAGAAACCUGGAGGGUAGUGGGGAGUUGUCAGAGGGGCUAACAGGUUGGGAAGAAAUUGGAGGCUGAGUAAGCUCCAUGUAACACGGCCGGGAGCUUCCUGGCCCCAGGUCCCAUUCCUUGUAGUGCCUGAUUGCCAGACUCUUCCUGGGAGCCUGUCUGGCAUGUCCACCCAAUAAACAUCCAUCCUAGGACGUAA